GGUGGGGCUAAGACUGCGCGGUCCUGUAGGAAUCAAUGGAGGAGACGGCCGUUUGUCUAUAAUGGCGCAUUUAAGACAUCCCCGGUGCUGUUAGCCUGUUCGCGGGUGGAAACUGCGGGCUGGAAGCCGACCGAGAGGCCGCUUCGAUCUGUGCCCGUUCACGGCGACUGCAGCCCGGCUGACAGCGUCAACAUGGCGCACUGGAGCACCUUCGAAAAGGAGAGUGAGAGAGAGACGAGGCGGCUGAUCAGGUGUCUCAGCGGGAUCGAGGAUGAGGAGGACCAGAACUUCCAGCUGGCGCUCAAAUUCGCCUGGUCCAACUUUAAGUUUCAUCGAUAUCUGGACACAGACAGCCACAAAGUGGAGCGCAGUGUCAGCGGAAUCUACGAGAAGCUCGUGGUGCACUCGGACCUACAGAAAGCAGAAAGCUGGAUGAGACUGACUGAAGAAUUCCUGAACUCACCUUUACCUAACACAGAUGGGAAAAAGACCGAUGCACACUACAGCAUACUGUCACUGCUGCUCUGCCUGUCGGGAUCCCCCUCAAACACAGACUUUACAGAGAGACCCAGACUAAAGGAGGCCGAACCAGAGGACAAGUUUGACUGGGCUAAAUAUCUGAUGGAGGGUGAGGACACAGACAUGGGGCCGUACCCAGACACACCUUGGUCUGAGGAGGAGAGCGAGGAUGAUGACAGUCAGCAGCCAAUCAGCAGGGAGGACUCUGGGAUCCAGCUGGACAGGACGCCUCAGGAGGACCAGGACAACGCCAACAAGACCAUUCCAGUCACGUGGACAGUGGGGGAGCCUGACGCUCGGGCCUGGCUGGAGCAGCAUCUGGUGACCCCGUACUGGGCGCCGCACGCACCUCGUUUUCCCCACAGCCUGCAUCUGCACUCCAACCUCCUCAAUGUGUGGGAUCAGCACCUGUAUAACACAGACCCGCUGUACCUGCCAGAAGAGAAGGCCUUUGUCACAGAGACGCAAGUAAUUCGAGAAACGCUGUGGCUUCUCUCUGGGGUCAAGAAACACUUCAUAUUCCAGCAGCACGACGGAAAGGUGUCAGUCAGAAGUAACGUGGUGGUGACUCAUCUGACCGGCAACUGCCUGCGCUCUGUCCUCGAGCACAUCGCCGUCUACGGUCAGGCUGUGUUCAGGCUGCAGAGGUUCAUCGACGAGGUGACAGGCCACAACUCAGAGCCAGGCCCGCCGGGCACCGCGUCCUCCUACGGCUCUAAGAAGGCCUCUGAGCCUCCCUUCAGGACCUACCAGGCCUUCGUGUGGGCACUCAACAAGUACUUCACAAGCUUCAAGGAGGAGCUUACCACGAUCGAGAGGGAGCUCAUAUGCAACGAUGAGACAGUGACUCUGUCUGCAGUGCUGGAACGGCUCAGCCCUCACCUAGCUCAGAUCAAAGUGCUGCACAGGGUCUUUUGCACGGGUGUCGCUGAAGUGCCGCCUGCCACCCCCAACGUUGUCCGGGCGUCUCACCUGCUCAAUACCCUCUAUAAGGCCAUCAUCGAGUAUGACAGCGUCGGCGAGGCAUCGGAGCAGGCAGUGGCGCUGUUGUUCUCCCUGUGGACGGAGACGGUCCGACCGUAUUUGGAGAUCGUGGACGAGUGGAUCGUUCACGGCCAUCUGUUUGACCCUGCCAGAGAAUUCAUCAUCCAAAGGAACAAAGACGUGCCCGUGAAUCACAGGGACUUCUGGUACGCCACCUACACGCUGUACAGCGUAUCGGAGACGGUGGACAGUGAGGAGAAGCUGAAUGACGCGGCCAGCGGGAGCUCCGGGGGGGAUCAGGCCUCCGGUGGCAGACAGCUCACCAUGGUGUCCUUCCUUAAACCUGUCCUCAAGCAGAUUAUCAUGGCCGGGAAGUCCAUGCAGCUGCUCAAGAAUCUGGACUGCAAGGAGGCAGAGAAGUCGCAGCGAGCCUCCAGAGACGCAGAGAGGAAGAGUCUGCACACGCUUUUUCUGGAGUCCGUGCAGUCGCGCCUCUGCAGCCGAGAGGAGUCUCCGACGGACGGCGUGACGGAGCAGCAGUCCACAAGGAGGAGUCUGAUCAAGAUGCAGUCCAUCAUGGCGCGGCACCUUGAGAUUGACGAUGUCCACGACCCGCUGCUGGCCAUCAACUUCGCCAGGCUGUACUUGGAGCAGAGCGACUUCCAGGAGCGUUUUUCCGGAGGGGAUUUCAGCGUGGACCGCUCGUCCCAGUCGGUCACCUGCCAGACGUUUGAGCUCACACUGCGUUCCUGCCUCUACCCGCACAUUGAGAGGAGAUACAUUGAGUGCUGUGGGAACCUGAUGAAGACUCUGACAAAAGACUACAAGCUGCUGGAAUACCUUCAGGCGAUGAGGAACUACUUCCUGCUGGAAGCCGGAGACACCAUGUAUGAUUUUUACACGGCCAUCUUUGACAAGGUGCAGGAGAAGGAGAGCUGGCAGCAGCCGUCGUUUCUGAACGUGCAGCUGCAGGAGGCGGUCGGACAGCGCUACCCGGAGGACAGCAGCAGGCUGUCGGUGUUUCUGGAACCCAUCGACGCUUCCAGGAAAAAACAGCCUGUGAAUAACCUGGAAGUCCUCACGCUGAGCUACAAGGUUCCCUGGCCCGUGGACAUUGUGAUCAGCUCUGAGUGUCAGAAGAUCUACAACCAAGUGUUCCUCCUCCUGCUGCAGAUCAAAUGGGCCAAGUACAGUCUGGACACGCUUCGAUUCAGCGGUUUUACAGACGUCACUAAGAAGCUGGAGGGCGCCGCAGCCGAGGAGGUCAAGGUCAAAGAGCGCGUGAACCAGCAGAUCCACAGGAUGUGUCUGCUCAGGGUCAAACUGAUGCACUUUGUCAACAGCCUUCACAACUACAUCAUGACGAGGAUUCUGCACAGCACUGGACUCGAGUUUCAACACCAAGUGCAGGAAGCCAAGGACUUGGACCAGCUCAUCAAGAUCCAUUACAGAUACCUGGCCACGAUUCACGACCGUUGCCUGCUAAGGGAGAAGGUCAGUUUUGUGAAGGAGGCGAUAAUAAAGGUUCUGAAUCUCGUCCUCAUCUUCUCGGACAGAUGGCAGGCUGGAGCCUGGAAGAUAGAGUCCAUCGAUAAAAUGGAGUCUGAUUUCAAAAACUGCCACAUGUUCCUUGUGACGAUCCUCAAUAAGGCGGUGUGCCGGGGCUCCUUCCCUCACUUGGAGUCUCUGGCGCUCUCUCUGAUGGCGGGAUUCGAGCAGUGCUGACGAGCUGGACACGAGCACGCUCUGUGAUGAUGUCAUUGUCUGCUGAGAUGGACUCAGACCGGCCUGCUGCUUCUCCGCAAAUUUCAAACAUGAAUGCUUGUAUUUUAAUAUUAAUAACGUCUGUGACGAGGCAGAAUAAAAAUGACUUGACAAUA